GGGUAUUUUACGCGUAGAGCAACUUUUAGUACAGCAAUUACAAGACAACCAGUAUAUCGCGCGUAAACUUGUAAUAACUCAACUACCUAUAGUAGUUGAACUCACCAUAAUUGGAUUUUCUUUUAGUGGUGGUGGCUUAUAUUAUUAGUUGGUAUUAGUGAGACAACAAUACGUCAAUACCUAGCGGUGAGUAGAGGCAUCCAAGUAGUCCUUCAGCCCGUUCAGUUUUGUUUUAUGGAUGUGUGUGUGGAAGUUCAACCUUCUCAAUCGAUUUGUUCUAAGUUCUCUCAUCUUUUUAUGGUCAAGAACCUGUUUGAAAUCCAUACGCGCCGUUACCCGUCUACCCUCAAGGACGAGGCAUCGCUCUGGACAGCAUGCGACGCUGGUUCAGAAAGGCAAAAAGGCACCUGUUUCCAAAGAACUCGAGGACAGGCUGUCUUGAAUGCAAGAGUAGAAAUAUCAACUGUAACGCAAAACGGCCGACUUGCGGGAACUGCGAGAUUGAAGCUCGAGCGUGUUGUUUCGCAGAUCAAUAUGCCUUGCUUGAAGAGCAACCACCAGCGGCACAAUCCUCAAUAGACUUGCGCUUCAUAUCCAAACUUCUGAGGCUGCCCACGACCGCGAAAAACUGGCCGCCUAUCCGGGAUUCCGAUGAUUCUCAGCACCUGAGCCUAUUCCACCAUAUAGAAAUUAGCGUGCCCGACCGGAUGACGGUCGUACAACCCAUGGAUCCCCUCGUACAAGCGCACAUAAACUCGGCAUUGUCAACCUCCUAUCUCAUGAACCAGCUGCUGGCGUUCUCGACCCAGCGCGUCUACCCAGAUCAAGGCCGCGCGUAUCAUAACCUAGAAAUCGGGUUAUAGAAUUGGCUAUCGGAAGCCCUUAACGAGAUAAAUGAAGAUAUGUUGCAAGGAAGCGUCAUCAUAGGUCUUAUCGUCAUUGUUUUUGUUUUUGUUUUUAUUGCCUACGGGUGUACAAAACCCCCACGCUGAAGAACAU